AUGAUAAAAUUAGUUAUUUUUAUUAUAUUUUUUUUCGGUAAUAUAAUUUUUGUUAGAAAACAUAAACAUUUAUUAAUUGUUUUAUUAAGAUUAGAGUUUAUUGUUUUAAGAAUUUAUUUUUUAAUAAUAUAUUAUUUUUUAAUAAUAAAUUAUGACAUGUAUAUAUUAAUAGUUUUUUUAGUAUUUUCAGUUUGUGAGGGGGCUUUAGGGUUAUCAAUUUUAGUUUCUAUAAUUCGUACUUUUGGUAAUGAUUAUUUUCAAAGUUAUAAUUUAUUAUGAUAA